AUGGCCUCGUCUUUGGACCUUGAGGACAGCCUUGCCUCUGAAUGCCGGCACCCCUCCUGCAUUCAGAGGGAGUUCAGGAUCCGGGAGUUGGAGGACGUGCUGGAGAUGAGGUCGGCCGGCAGAUCUAAUGAGGAGGAGGACGUGGGGGAGAUGGGAUCGGCCGGCAGAUCUAAUGAGGAGCAGGAGGACGUGGGGGAUGGGAUCGGGCCGGCAGAUCUAAUGAGGAGCAGAGGAGGGGGAGAUGGGAUCGGCCGGCAGAUCUAA